UGAAUGCAGGCACACUUAGUGCGAGCUGCCGAAGUCAAAAAAGCAAUUGAGUGGAUUAUGUGCAAUCUUGAAGGUCACUAUGCUGCUGAUUCAGUUGCUGCUGCAAUUGCACUUGGUGCAGCAGCUGCAGAAACAACUCAAGAUACUGAGGGUCAAGAUGGUUCCUUUCUGCUAUAUUCUCCUCAGAGAAAUGCUAGCAAGGCCCCUUUAAUCCAGGGAAAGGGAAUUGAUGCAACAAGUCCAUCGAAUAUGUCAAGAAAUUUCCGAGCCGAUGUCUUAAGAGAAAAUGCAGAAGCUGUGUUUGCAGCUUGUGAUGCUGCUCAUGGAAGGUGGGCAAAACUGCUUGGUGUCCGUGCUCUUCUUCAUCCGAGAUUGAAAUUGCAGGAGUUUCUAAGCAUAUAUAGUAUCACUCAGGAUUUCAUAACUGCAACAGAGAAGAUUGGUGGAAGGUUGGGAUAUAGCAUUAGGGGAACACUGCAGUCACAGGCCAAAGCUUUUGUUGAUCAUCAGCAUGAAACUCGAAUGGCAAAAAUAAAGGCUGUACUUGAUCAAGAAACUUGGGUUGAAGUAGAUGUGCCCGAUGAAUUUCAGGCCAUUAUCACUUCACUGUUUUGUUCAGAGCCUCCAGUUACCACAGACAGAGAAGCUUCAGGUCAUAAUGCAGCAGGCAACACUGAAGUGGUCUCAAGCAACAAUGGUUCACCCGUAGCAGACACUGGACUGCCAAUUUCACAGCAUCAUAUAGAGAGCACUGAGGCUAUUGAAGCAUCUCCAGAUGGUGCUGCACUGGCAAAAUCUUCAGCAUUGAGUGGGCCAACUGAUAACAAUAAAGCUGAUGUUACAACUUCUAUGGCUCAGAGUAACAGCACGAACACGAAAGAUCGUGGAAAGUCUUCCUCUCAAACAAUUUCUUUCAGCGGUGUUGGUUAUCACAUGGUAAACUGUGGCUUAAUCUUGCUGAAGAUGUUGUCAGAGUAUGUUGAUAUGAACAACUUUUUACCAGUGCUGUCUUCGGAAGUUGUUCACCGUGUUGUCGAAAUCUUGAAAUUUUUCAAUACGAGGACUUGUCAGCUUGUUCUUGGUGCUGGUGCCAUGCAGGUAGUUAUGUUCAACUAAUAACUGAUAAAUUCUAUUGUUAAGUUGGAUAGUGAAGUACUGGAAACUAGAUAUUGUAGGCA